AUGCCUGCCUUUAUCUUUGGACCCAGAACUGGACUAGUAUUUUAUGGAAUCUUUUUGGCGCUUCUUGCACAGCCCGCAAAAUGCAUGGAUAUGGACGACACAACGGAAUACACAAGACCUGAAAUUGUGGAGGCCGGAUCAAAAACCUUUCACUGGUUGUGCACUAUGGGUCUUCUUCUCAUUGUGCCCUCAUUCGCUGCUGUGUUUUCAUUUGCUGGCAAACUUUACAUGUCCAUUUUUCUGCAAUUGGUGUCACUGAUUUAUGCUUUGGUGGAAGCCCUAAUUCUGAGAUUUCCGGAUGCCGAUGGAGUUGAGAAUCGAACUUCGAGGGGUACAGCGUGGUUUUUGAUAGUAUUGAUAGGUUUGACAAUACUUUUUGGAAGCUUAGCAAGUGGAACUGGUGCUCUAGUUCACAACAAGCGGUUGAAAUCAAUAGUGACAAAAACGGGAGAGCAUAAACUUCACAUUAGUCACAGAACUCUAUCUUUCGCUGUGGUCCUGGCCGGUUGGGUCAAAACUUGCUUGGCUCCUGUUGCCAUGUUUGGAUUUUGUCGAAAAGUUCAUACGGGUCAAUGCAUUGCUCAUGGUGUGAUGGGGUCUGCUUUUGUCGUCUACGGAUUUGUAUAUUCCAUGGUAUUGGUGAUACCAUGGCUACGCAAUAAUGAAGGUCCCUACUCUCAAGAUCGCAUAGACAGCUGGGUUAUGUGUGCUUGGGGUAUUGUGAAUACUUUUACGGAACAUCGGUGGGGCAGGGAAGGCUGGAACCACGGCGACUACCAGCACACCGCCAUGGGUAUUGUGUGGUGGGCUGGAGGACUGCUAGGCAUCUUCUUGUCCAGAGGAGGCAGGCGAACUUUUGUGCCUAGUUUGCUAAUAAUAUUCACAGGCUGGGCGAUGUCCGAGCACAGCCAGCAUUUGAUAAUCAGUACCAAAGUGCAUGCACUUUUUGGUCUCGUUUUGAUGUCGGGAGGAGCACUCAGAAUAAUAGAAAUAUCGUUUCUGUUGAAAGACCGAAGGUCUGCAGGUGAGAUUAUGUCUUUCCAGUACUUGGCACCUUUCUGUUUGGUGUGUUCUGGCAUCUUGUUCAUGAGCGCCAACGAAGAGCAACUGAUAUUGGUGUUAAGACUUGGUGCUGAUCACAGUGCUUACAGUCUAGUCGUCAUUUCUGCUGCAUUUGUCACGUAUCUCUGGAUUCUCUUAUGCCUCGAGCUUUACCUCAGACUAGUGCUUGCUUCAGAGAAGAGUCCGCUCACUUCUUACAAAGUCGGGGAUGUGACAGACUUUGAGUUAGACAACCUUGAAGAAGGAAGUAGUAGCGUUGGAUCAAGAAGAUAG